AUCACAUGCCAUUGGCAGCAAAGCACAGGGAAAACCAGGCAGUGGACUCUGCUUCCCACCCUUAGGCUGCGAGGCACAAGCCCCAGCAAUGGAAGGAUUAGAAAGCCUCUCAAUUUAAAAAGACAAGGGGGAGGGGAAUGUGGGCUGCACAAUUUAUAAAUAGACAUUGCCCAAGGCUGCCUGAUGAUGAAGUGGUUGUUUAGUAAAUCUUUCUCCUUUAAGGAUGCCAGCAUCGGAGACCAUUUUAAAAUACCAGUUUCAUUUUGCCUUUUGGGGGUGAUCCUAGGGUUCACUGCCAGCCCUGUUGGGUGAUAUUUCCUUCUGUCAGAUUUAGGAACAGGCCUUCAAUAUUUGGCAUCACCUUUACAUGGAGCACAAAGAUGAUGAUGAUGAUGAUGUCUCUUUUGCCAAAUGGAUGAGCAGCUUCUGGGGCCACAGCUGGAGAGAAGAAGAUCAGAGAGGACUCCGGGAACGCCACCGACCGCAAGCCACCAGUCACAGGAAAACCUCCCUGCCCUGCCCACUUCCUGUGCUUCCCAGAAUUCCAUCAUCUGACCGCCAUCCUAGAAGGCAUUCUCAUGAGGACCAGGAAUUCCGAUGCCGAUCAUCUGACCGUCUCCCUAGAAGGCAUUCUCAUGAGGACCAGGAAUUUCGAUGCCGUAGCCACAUGCGGGAUUGCAGAAAAUACUCAGAGGAUGGAUCAUUCAAGGAGCCGCUGGAAUCAAAAGGAAGAUCCCAUUCCAAAAUUGAGAAAUUUUCUGAGUCCUUUGAACAGCAACUGUGCUUUAGAACCAAACGUUCUGCCUCUUUGGGACCUGAAAGCAGAAAGGAGAGAAAUGAAAGAGAAUGCCUGAGAAUGGAGAUAAAAUCCCGAAAGAAAGUAGAAGAGGAAGGAAGCUCCAGGAAAGAAGAACAUGGAGACGCACACAUGGCUCCCCUGUUUGAAAAAGGGCCUGAAUAGUAUUCCGCUUCCGCAUCCUGACAUCACAUGCGACUGUUUUAUUGUUUUUUCUUUGAGCCCUAAUACACCAUUUCGAGAUAUGGAUGGGGGUGGUGGGGACAGUGAGGAGCAGCUGUAAAAAGCAACUGCAGAUGCUGAGUGAGUGCAGCGGGCAGGGUAUGUAGCUGUUCCAAGAUGUCUUGCAUCAUACCUUAAUUGCUCCUGGCAUCUUAGUUGAGGGUACAAUCUGCUUGGUUGCCCUUUUAUGGAAAUAAAGAGAAUAACAGGUACUUUAAUAGAAUAAAGACAAAUUUGAAAAUGUAAUAUAAGAUAUUUAAAGAGCCACCCACAUAGCUUCCCCAACCCUUCUUACACAUCAACUCACAAAUCAUCUUAAAUAAAAGUCAUUGGUAUGACUCUUGAGUUUA